GGGAAUUGAAACAGCUGGCCGUUAUACCCCAUUGCUAUAACCAAAAAAUAUUUCUCUCAAGUCAAGCGGAGGGAGGUGAAGUCUAAAAUUGUCAUUAAAUCCUCACAGAUAUACUGAUUACACAGAAUGCAGUUGUCAGACCACCUGUUUCUAGUUAUCUGGGUGGCUGUAGUUUUCCCUUUUAGUCUCUGUCAGGAUAGAUGUCAGGUGCAAGAUGGAAAACCAGGACAGUCUGGAGUUUCUGGGAGAGAUGGCUGGCCAGGACAAAAGGGAGAGAAAGGAGAACCAGGUUUGCAGGUGGAGCUGAGUAAGGAUGUUUUAGAUGGUCUUAAAGGAGAUCAGGGUGAGCGGGGUCUUAUAGGAGAGCUCGGUGUAAAGGGCUACGAGGGGCUACUCGGGCCAUCGGGGCCUGUUGGUCCUGCAGGGCCUACUGGAAUCAGUGGAGGAAGUUUUGGAGUCACUGCCAAAAGCAAGGCAGCCUUCUCUGUCGUGCGCACCAAGAAGGAGAACCCAAGAACCCAUAGUCCAGUGACCUUUGAUAAACAACAUGUUAAUGUCAAUGAAGACUUCAGCCUUGCAACAGGAUAUUUUACAUGCAGGGUUCCAGGCGUGUACUAUUUUGUGUUCCACGCUGUCUCUGAGGGAAAUCUGUGUCUUAAAUUAAACAGUGAUGGCAAUUCUCCUGUAGACCUGUUGUUUUGUGACUUUAACCGGCCUGGAGCACCACAGGUUGUGUCUGGUGGUGCUGUGCUUGAGCUUGCCAAAGGAAAUAAGGUAUGGAUAGAGCCCUGGAAGGACACUCGCGACUACAACAGAAUGACCACAAAAAGUGAAAUGUCAGCUGUAUUCAAUGGCUUUCUGAUCUUUGUUAAAGAGCGGUGCUGGUCAAGUAUAUCCACACUCGCCAGAACUGCAAUGCUUAGCUGUAGACUCAUUAUCGGAGCGUUGCUGGUGGUAUUUCUCCAUCAUGUGGCUGCUCAAGACACCUGCCCAGCAGGGACACAGGGAGUGCCAGGUAUUCCUGGACUUCCUGGGAUUCCUGGACGUGAUGGGAGAGAUGGUAUGAAGGGUGAGAAAGGAGCUCCAGGAAUCACUGUAAAAUUGAACAAGGAUGGGGCAAAAGGAGAUAGGGGUGAUCCUGGAAUUCAAGGCAGUGCAGGAAAGAGGGGUAGUUCGGGGGACCCUGGCCCACCAGGACCACAAGGCCCACCAGGAGACCGAGGAGACCCCAGUGACUCCAAACCUCGUUCUGCUUUUUGUGUCUCUCGUGAGACCAUUGACAACCCAACUUCCAGCACUCCAAUAAUGUUCCUAAAUGCCAUCACAAAUAUUGAAGGACAUUUCAAUGUUAGUGAGGGUAAAUUUGUGUGUUAUAUCCCUGGCACUUACUAUUUUGCAUUCCACACAACUUCUUUUCAAAAGAGCCUUUGUGUUAUGCUAAUGGUAAAUGGGCAGAAAAAAGCUACCUUCUGUGAUCACAUUCAAAGCUCAUCAAACCACUAUCAAGUGAGCUCUGGUGGAUUUGCAGUACACCUCAAGCAGAACGAAAAAGUCUGGUUGGAGACAAACAACAUGAAUGGCAUGUAUGCAGCUAAAAAUAAAGGAAACAGUGUCUUCUCUGGUUUCUUGAUUUAUGCGCACUGACAUUUUGCUAAGUGUUUCAAAGAAUAUGAGCAGAGCUGAAAAACAGCCAACCCCCUGCCCAACAUAUGUGCUGUCCUAACUGUAUUUCUGUUUUCUGUUCCAUUAAUAAAAUACUAAAUCAAUCUAAAUAAAAGUUCUU